GGGCGGAACUUCGAUGAGGUCAUCGUGGUAAACAGAAAAGAUGGCGACGCCACACACGGGAGAUCGGGUUUUAGGGACAAACGCGCUUAUUCCCGAGGGUUUCGUCAAACAGCUGACAGAUUUACCAGCGGAAAUGUUAGAGCACAUAUUGUGCUUUCCUGUGCUAAACCAUUUCGACAUUUGCAGCGUUUCCUGCACGUGCAAGAGACUGCGUGACGUGUGCCACGGCAGGGGGAAGGUUUGGGCGCACCAGUACAAACUCAGGUGGCCCAGACUUCAGAGGUUUUAUCGACAGAACGAGUCAUACGAUUGGCUGAAAGAAUUUAAAACACGGCACGUGGUUGGUCAACAGAUACGAAGAACAGUAGAAUCUAUUUCCAAGAGGUUCUUCACAGAAGUUCCAUGCGUUGGCCAGGUUCUUGGAGACAGCUUUGCAGAAAUAGAGUCUCUCGGUGCUCCAGAACACUUCUGUGAAGAUGAGCUGCUCACCAUUUUGAAUUCUGACAAAAGGAAAAGUUUGACACUUAAGUACUAUGCAAAGAAAAUCCUCUACUUUCUCCGCCAGCAGAAUAUUUUGAGAAAUCUAAAAGCUUUUCUUGAGCGUCCUCCAGAACAGCAGUCAGCCCUCGAAGGGGCUGUUUUGGUCGAUCAGUAUUGUAACCCCCUUGCUGAUGUCACUCUUGAAAGUACAUCUGCCCAAAUAGAAGACAUCACAGACAAGGUGAAGAAAUACCUACGAGAGAAAAACGCCACACACCCGAUUCUGCGAGCCAGUCAAGGUGACUGCUUUGUUCUGGAAGACCUGGAAUUACAAAGGCAGGUCAUAUGCGCUCUCAACGUCGUCCUGUAUGAGCAGCUGCAGUACAAGGGCAAUGAGCGCGACUAUUACAAUCCCCUGAACUCAUACAUACAUCAGGUGCUGGUCCGUCGGACAGGCAUUCCCAUCAGCCUCUCUGUGCUCUACAUGACACUGGCCAGGAAAUUAGGAGUCCCGCUCGAGCCUGUCAACUUUCCCAACCACUUUCUGCUCCGCUGGUGCCAAAAUCAAAGCAGGAGUGGCGACAUCUACGACUAUGUUUACAUUGAUGCAUUUGGGAACGGCAAGCAGCUGGCUGCUAAAGAGUGCGAGUAUCUAAUCAGACACCAGGUGACAGCAGAUUACUACGGUGCAAUAAGCACCGGGGAACUACUCCUGCGGAUGGUGGGAAACCUGCUUAAUAUCGGCAAAAGAGGGGAAGGGAACGAGAAAUCCUAUCAGCUCCUGCGGGACUCUCUGGAUCUCUACCUCACUAUUAAUCCUGAUAACGUUCAGUAUCUUCUGCUGCAGGCACGGCUUUAUUUCCACCUGGGCAUAUGGCCGGAGAAAGUGUUGGAUAUCCUCCAGCACAUCCAGGCUCUGGAUCCAUCUCAACAUGGCGCUGUGGGUUAUUUGGUUCAACACACCCUUGAGCACAUCCAACACAAAAGACAUCCGGCAGAACCGGAGGUUAAGAGACACAGCGUGCUGGAGAACAAGGACGUGCUGUACUCCGUAGGUCUCGUCAUGAAGCAUAAAAGGUCAGGCUAUAACUGUGUAAUAUAUGGAUGGGAUCCUACAUGCACGAUGAGUCAGGAGUGGAUUAACACUAUGAGGGUCCAUCAGCUGUCUAAGGGUUCUGAUCAGCCCUUCUACAAUGUCUUAGUACAGGACGGGACCUGUAGAUAUGCUGCACAGGAGAAUCUCGAACCUCACGGCUCCCCGCUGGAGAUCGCCCACCCCGAGGUCGGACGCUACUUCACCGAGUUCUCCAACACCCAUUACAUCGCCAAUGAGGAGCUUCAUGCACGUUACCCGGAGGACAUGUGCAAGACCCACAGGACUGUAGAGGAGCUUUACCACGGUCACACACCGAAUUCAGGGCAGCCGCCGGAACCCAUCGCCAAUUUCCAAGAACACGAUUUAUUAGAUCCGUAGAAACGAAAUGUCAACACCCAUCUGUUAAUGCUCACCCACUUUUACACAGUCUCACCACAAGAACUAACUAAAUAGCACUGAUGUGGGACUAAUCGCUAGUUUACUGGUAUUAAUAAAGCCAAAAGCUGUAGUCAUUUCCUUUGUACAACAUCCAGUUAUAAUUGCAGCUGUCACUCACAGCUGCACAUGUAGACGGUGCUCUCAAACCACAAACACGAAAAAUGUUGUAAGGUAACAGUAUGUGUGUGAAUGCUUAAAAAUGUAUUUCAGUAAUGUGUAAACUAUGUAAAAAAAUAGAUGAUAAAGGAUCUGUAUAUGUGUAUGUGUGAUGUGCUUCAGGUCCACUUUACUACAUUUCAUCCCUGUUGCCCUGCAUAUGCCCUGACUGAAUUAAUGCACUACUAAUGUUACAUCUCCUUAAGUGAUCGUUCACCCAAAAAUUAAAAUUCUGUUAUUAUUUUCUCAUCCUGAA